AUGGAUCAGCGACGGGCCUGGCCGAUCCAGCCCUCGGCCUACGCGCAGCGCGCGCUGUCCCACCUCGCCCCGCCGGUGGCGGCCGUCGCCGUGUGCAGCGACGACGUCUCGGCCGCCGAGGCGUUCGCGGCCGAGGUCGCGCGGGCGCGCCCAGACGUGCAGGUGUGCUGGCGCCCUCGCCUCGGCGCGCCGGAGGCGCUGCGGAGGGGCCACUGGCAGCAGGCCUGGAACGCGCAGCCCCUGGAGGAGCGCCGUGCUCUGACACACGAGUUCCUCGCCGAUGUCGAGGUCAUGCGCGGUGCCCACACGCUGGUCUGCACGCACAGCAGCAACGUGGGGCGACUCGUGGCGCAGCUGCGGGACGGGCCCACCCACAGUUUGGACGAGGCCUGGACCAACUCCUGA